GGUUAGAGAUUCUAUCGAAUACACAAGUCCGUCGUCUGAAACUUUACUUUCUUCCGCAAAUUCUCAGACGAGCAGCAUCAAACCCUAGCUCCAGAAACCAGUCAUGUCGUCCAAGCAAGGAGGAAAGGCGAAACCUUUGAAGCAGCCCAAAGCUGAUAAGAAGGAAUACGACGAGCACGAUAUGGCUAACAUUCAGAAGAAGAAAGAAGAGGAAAAGGCACUUAAAGAACUAAGAGCCAAGGCAUCGCAGAAGGGAUCCUUUGGAGGCUCUGGACUUAAGAAAAGCGGCAAGAAAUGAUUCCUGUGUUUUAUCCAUGUAGCCUGUCUGUUGACAGUGCAAAUUUAUCACCUUUAAAAAACAAAACAAGAUAAUCAUGUGUUGUGUAACUUCUCUAUCAUGUUCGUAGGAGAGUGACUGCGCUUCUCCCAUACAUAUGUUUGCUUUCACCACUUUUUUCAUGAAAUGGAAAUAAAUGGUUUCUAUCCUAA